CUUUAUUUCGAUCCAACGUUUUCUCUCUCUCUUUCUUCCUCCUAUCUUCUCUUCUCUUUACUACUCUUUUCUGCUACUUCGCUGUGAAACCUAAGUUCCUGCUAUAUUUUUCUCAAUUUGUACUGCUUGAAAUUUUACCUUUGUACUCGUAUAACUGCAUUUUUCUCCAACUUUGCAAUGGGGAAACGCAGAUCCCCCGAGAAAGAUUCCGACCGCGAAAAAAAAUGGAAUAAGAUUUUCAACGCGUUGGUUAAGUUGUCCCAGAAUCUGCAGAACGAGAGGCAGAUUCUUGAAGAAAGAGUUAAAUUUUUGCACGAAUUUAUUUAUAAGAUGAAAAUGGAGCAGAAAGUUGAUUCUUUGAAAGCGGAAUUCACUCUCGGUUUGAAGGAACGGGAAUCUAUCGUUUUUAAGCAUAGAUAUGAGAAUGCUGAGAAUGACAUGGCUGACUUCAGAGAAUGGUGUGACUAUCUUGUGCGGAAGUUUUCAGGACUUACUGGUGAAUCAAUUGAUAUUAGCAAAAAAGGUGAGAGCUCGCGAAUCAAGGCACUUCAAGAUGAGGUGAGGAAGCUAAAAAAUGAAAUUGAGAAAUCUAAAGUGGAGAAGAACGCUGAGAUUUCAGCUCUCAUGGCAGAGAAGAAUUUUAUAUGGAACCAGUUUGAACAAAUGGAGACCAGCCUCACUGAAAAAUUAAGAAAGGAACGCGAUGAAGUUAAAAAUGUAAAGGAAAAGUUUCAGAUUCUUGUAAGCAGGGCAGAUGAGUUACAAAUAUCAAAUGAAAAGUUGAAGGCCAAUAUCUUCACGAUGGAAUCAGAAUCAAUUAAAAAGAAUGAGGAAAUCGUCAAACUUAUGAAGGAAAUUGAAACCUUAAAAUCCAGAUCUGGGUCAGCUUCGACGUUACUGCGUCCCUGUAGGGCUGAUGCUGCAUCAUCUUCCAGGCGAGGCAAGAAAAGUAGCACAACUCGCGGAAGCAUUGGAAGAGUGAAGAAAGAAUCAGAUCCUUCACAAACCACUGAGAAGGGCAGCAGUAGUUUGAAGAGAAAAGGCAUUGAUGUUAUUAUAAUCCCGGAUACUCCGAAGCUGUUCACUUCUUCCUUUAAAGUUCCCAAAUUGAAGAACUCAUCAUCUCCAGACAGAGUCUGACCUCCAUUGCACCUCCUCCUGACUUACUUAUUUAAGUAGCUGUGUACAUAGUCUUACCAAUUUGUUUAUGGUAAUUAUUUAGUUUUCCAUUACUGUAACACUAUCUUCCACUUGCUAGUAUUUCAAUCAAGGGGGUGGCGAAAUUAUUUGUAAUUCACGUGUGCAAAGUUCGUGCAGUGUUGUAAUAUGUAGAAAUUAAUAUCUGAGUUUUGAAAUGCUCUUUCUGCUAGUGUGAGACUAUAUUGAAAAAUCUCUCUAUUAGCAAGAGUUUCAAUCA